AUGAUGCAAAGCUCAGCACUCACUACAGAAGGUUCUGUCAAGGGGCUUCCAGAGAUUCUUGGUGUGCCAAUGCAACAGAUUCCCCAGUGCGCCGGCUGCAACCAGCACAUCCUGGAUAAAUUCAUCCUGAAAGUCCUCGACAGGCAUUGGCACAGCUCCUGCCUCAAGUGCGCAGACUGCCAGAUGCAGCUGGCGGACAGGUGCUUCUCCAGAGCCGGGAGCGUCUACUGUAAGGAAGACUUCUUCAAGCGUUUUGGUACGAAAUGCACGGCCUGUCAGCAAGGAAUCCCCCCCACCCAGGUGGUCCGGAAAGCCCAGGACUUUGUCUAUCACCUGCACUGCUUUGCCUGUAUCAUCUGCAACCGCCAGCUGGCCACAGGUGAUGAGUUCUACCUCAUGGAAGAUGGGCGCCUGGUGUGCAAGGAGGACUAUGAGACAGCCAAGCAGAAUGAUGAUUCAGAAGCUGGAGCCAAGAGGCCACGAACAACCAUCACAGCCAAACAGUUGGAAACGUUAAAAAAUGCCUAUAAAAACUCCCCCAAACCCGCCAGGCACGUGCGGGAGCAGCUGUCCUCGGAAACGGGGCUGGACAUGAGGGUGGUGCAGGUCUGGUUUCAAAACAGGCGGGCCAAAGAAAAACGGCUGAAGAAGGAUGCUGGGCGGCACCGCUGGGGCCAGUUCUACAAGAGCGUGAAGAGGACCCGUGGGGGCAGCAAACACGAGAAGGAGAGCUCUGCGGAGGACUGUGGGGUUAGUGACAGUGAGCUGAGCUUCCGAGAAGAUCAGAUCCUCUCUGAGCUUGGCCACUCCAACAGAAUUUACGGAAAUGUUGGGGAUGUUGCUAGUGGACAGUUAAUGAACGGAAGCUUCUCCAUGGAUGGGACAGGACAAUCUUACCAGGACUUGAGGGAUGGAAGCCCCUAUGGAAUUCCUCAGUCUCCAUCUUCCAUAUCGUCCCUUCCUGCCCAUACUCCAUUGCUCAAUGGUCUGGAUUACACAAUGGACACUAAUUUGGGAAUAAUAGCACAUGGAGGGCAAGGGGUGAGCCAGACACUCAGAGCAAUGGCUGGGGGACCAACCUCCGAUAUUUCUACAGGAAGCAGUGUUGGCUAUCCAGACUUUCCAACAAGUCCUGCCUCUUGGCUUGAUGAAAUGGAUCAUCCUCCUUUUUAAGCAUCUCCUGCUCCCCACCCUGUCCCCCUCGUUCUUUUGGCCUGAAAGUGUGCUCAAACUAGCAAAAGAGACAACAAGCGAUCUUCAAGCAUCCCAGACAUACCACACCAGAAAAUUUCCAUUAUUUUCAAUGGGAAUCCACCACUGGUUCCUGGAGGGUUGUGAGAUGAUAGCGUGGUGUUUUUUCCCUUUUUCACUUGGGGAGUGGGUGAGCAGGAGACAUCCUUCUGAAUACAGCACACUGGCAUACAGUAUCUGAUUCUAGGUUUUCAGGCUCAUAGUAAAAUACAAACUCAUUGAUUCUCUCCAGGUCAAAGACUCUUUGCUGUUGAGUGCUUUUGAAGCACACGUUGGCUGGCUCAGCAGAUCUGGGCGAUUAUGAACUCCAGGUCAGUCGGUGCUCUCUUACUUGGAGUUGAACGAAUUAUAAAUGCCUCCAAGCCCCUUGCUCUUAUCAUGAAUUGCCUGUGCACAGGCAGUUGAACUGACCUUCCCCAUAGCUAUAGAAAUGCAGUGUUUACAAAGCCAGGCCAUGCUUACCCAGCACUAUACCAUGGUCAGGGGUCUGACCCGAAAGGGCGAGUAAAUAAUGACAACCCUGGGGGAGAAAAGCUAUCGAGAUUUUUUCCGUAUAAAAAUGUGAUUGUCCUCCCUUCCCCACUGAAUAUUACCAUUGGCUCUUUGCAUAAAAAAGUUCAUGAAUGAGGUUGAAUGGAUAUCAGGGCAAGCUGCAGUCCUACUGCAAGCAUUGUGUCAAAGUACUAGACAGGUACCAUGGGUGAAAGUUACCCAUGUGCAGCGGGACAGCACAAGGGCUAUGUGCCACUUAAGCCCUCAGUAUUAGGCUAAGUGGUGCAACGACUUUGUACUGACCCCUCUGCAUAAGGGUGAGCUUCUACACUGGACAAUACCUUGUGUUAGAACGUGUUAACCCCUCAAUAACGGCAGUGUUCAGAAUCAUGUCAGUGGUCAUGAGUAACUGCGCUCUGGAAAUGACAUUUAUCAGCUGAUUAUGAUUCUAACCCCAACAGUCCUUGUCCACAUUGACUGCUAACAUGUUUUACAUCAUUACUGUUUAUAUUACAGUAGGGCCCAGAGGUCUCAUUGUGCCAGGUACUGUACAGAUAAUCCCUGUCCCAGCGAGGUCUCAGUCUAACUAAGGAAGACAGACCAUGUGUGGGAGGGGAAACAGAGGUGAAGGGAU